AGUAUCCGUUCGAUCCGCAAGUGAUAGUGUUGUGUUUUGUACUGUCAUAAAUUUUGACAGAAAAUGGCUAGCAUAACAAUCGAGAAAACUAAGUACGAGUGCGCUCAAUUACCAAAGAGAUGGCAAAAGGACGAUAUGCUACGUAAAACUGGUUUGUCAGUAAAUAAAGUCGACUUGUAUUACAACCGUACCGUGAGAAAUGAUGCCUCCCUUGUGCCACCUAUCCGACAGACUGCUUCUAUCUUUAAACAGCCCGUGACAGUGUACAAAUCUCAGGAGAGCAAGGUAAAAUCGGACUUUAAAAAUGGAAACCAAGAAAAACCCAAGCAGCUGAUUUGGGAGAAACGACUAGAAGGCCUACGUGCCUGCGAUUUGGACGGUUGUGAGUUUGAGGCUAUGAAACUUCCAAAAGGUUUGAAACCAGUUGGGCCCCAUGUAACGGAAGAAACUAUCAUACAGAGUGUUGCUACAGCUUUACACGUUUCCACCACGCCAGUGACUGGACAGACAGGGUCCAAAAGUUCUCUCGAAAAAAAUCCCGGUGUUUUUCUUGACCCCAAACAGCCCCUGGUGCAGUCAGUGAAUAUUUCCGAUGAUGAUAUUAAAAGUCAAGAGGAUAGGGUAGCUGCAGCGAGGAAGAAGCUACAAGAGGCCCUUCGUUACUAAUUUGGCAGUGAAUUAUUUAAAUGUAUACCAUUAAAUAUGUGAUUUUGCAUAAAACAAGUACUGUGUAUUUUACUUCUGAGAAG